GAAGAAAAAUCUCGCUGUUAAACUUUGGGAAAACAAUUAAAAUAAAAGAUUUAGAACUACAUGUAUUCUAGUUUUAAUAAUGCUAAGUGUUAACAAAUGUGUAUUGAAACAGACAUUAGGUAGCUUAAAUCUUGCUGUGAAAUUUCCGAAAAAAAACCUCCAAACUAUUCGAUUUUUCAAAGUGCUAUGUACAUGUAUACAUUUUCAUAAAAUGUGUAUUUAUAACAGACAUUGUGUAGUUUCGAUUUAGAUUGUUAGGCAAAGCUCGCUGUGUUUUUAUCCGAGAACUAUAUAAUAUUUACAUAGCUGCGGAAAGGAACAAAAUAUAAUGGAUCAGUUUGAAAGUUGUGAGGCUGUUUCAUUGACGAAACCUUUUGAGGUUAGUGGGGAAUGUUCGGAUGAAAUUGUUUUCACUUUUGAUGACGGUAAGAAACUAUAUGUAUCGAAAAACUUCUUGUGCUAUACGUCACCAGUAUUUAAAGAGAUGUUUAAAGAGAAAUAUGGAGGGACAGAAACCAAAGUCAUUGAAAUGAACGGAAACUCGAGUGAUUUUCUAGAGCUACUGUUGACGUUACAUCCUGGUGUACAGAAACCUAUUGAUAGCAAAAAAGUUUUGUGCGUCGUCACUCUUGUGGAAAAAUACCAAAUUCAACCUUCAAUAAGGAGAUGCCAAAAUGUGAUGAAAAGAUGGUUGACAUCGGAAGUUGAUUCUGCUGUUAAAGUCCAAAAUAACGAAAAUAGAGUGACGCAUGUCAGGACAUGUCUGACCGUACUGAUUAAAGCGAUAUCUCUUGGCUACGACGACGUUGUUGCACACGCUGUUGACGUUUUAGCAAGAUUCGGGCAUGACAUGUUUACUGGGUCAGGGAAAAAAUCUUCAUUCGAACUUGGUGGAUCCUUUAAUUUUGGUACUCCUGUCCCUACUAUUAAUCCUGACCCUGCUAUUAAAAUUGAUAUCGAGGAGAAAGUAUCCAAGGGAUCACUUGGUGACGACGAGUCAAUAAAUUCUACUGCUACGAAAUCGGAGCCAGAAUGCCCAUUAAACGCCUGCAAAGAACUUUUUGAAAGUUUACCAGCAAAUAUGAAAACUCGACUUCUUCUACAGCGACUGAAAUUAUGUGAUAACUGUCUAAUGCGCAAAACAACUUUAUAGAAAUUUGCAUUCUGUAACGUGAGUCUCCAAAAUUAUGCAAACGCUUUGUCUACUUUGUCAAUUCCAGCGCAUGUGGUAAAGAAAAUGUAAAUGAUACAUACUUAGUUGUGUUAUUACAAGAGUUGUACCUACAAAAGAAGGGAGCAUUGCUUUCGUCAAUCAUGUAUAACAGAAAAAUUCUUUAUUAUUUAAUUAUUGAGAUAUUUUGAAUAAUUUAUAAUACAUUUUUUUCGAUUCAAAAUAGGAUCGUCAACAGUAUGUUCCUUUCAAAUUUCAAAAUUGUUCAAAUCAAGACAUUGGUUAACAAUAAAGGCUGAAUAAGCAAACAUUUAAAUUCUAUUUUAGCUUUUGUGACUUUUAUCUUAAUGACUCUGGACUAUCCAGAUAAUUAUACAUUACAUCAGUCAAUUAAUAAAGGCUGUAACAACAAAUGACUGUGUAAAGAUCUAUUUUAGCGUCAUUGACCUUCGCCCCACAGACCUUGAACAAAACCCAAAGGAAGACGGUCACCUAAAUUAUGCUCCUUUCAAAUAUGAACGACAACUGUAGAUGCAUGAGAAAAUGUGUAUAAAUCAAUCUAAAGCACUAUUGACCUUCAUAGUCAUCCAAGAUCGUGCCAUAUAUAUUGAUAAGUUAGUAAGUGUGUAAAUUAUGAAACCAUUAGUACAGGUAAAAUUAAAGAUAUAUUUAUCAAACUUGCCUGUUGAGGUUAACAUCGUACAGACUGACGGACGGCUUAAUAUCUAUAAACAAGGGAGAAUAAAAACUUGAGAAAAAGUAGCGAAAAUCUCUUCGGUUGUAUAGAUUAUACAUGUACUUGAUUAUAUUGCUCGUUUCUAUUGGUAACCGUGAACGUAUUGUUUUUCAUUUUUUUUUAUUUAUGAAUAAUUUCUUUUCUUUUUUCUCUUUUAAAAGAAAUUUAUUGUUAUCUCGUUAUAAAAAUUAAGGACAGGUUAUAUAACCAUAUAUAAACUGUUCUUUGACAUAUAACCCUCACCUAGGGGCUCGUAUAUGCUACAAAAAACGUUAAAUAAGGCGAAAUCUUUUGAGCUAAUAUAAUAAACGUGGGCAAGAUAGUUAAUUUGUCCUUCAUCUAUAAAGGAAGAAUAUUUUACGAUACAUGUACAUUUUAAAUGCUUGUGCAUUAUUAAAACGUCUACGUUAAGAUAAACACGAACUAUUUUCCGAAAAUCUUUAUCUUUAUACAAGGUCAUGUAAAAGACGCUAAUGUGCGGGUUUAAAUAUAAUUGUUAAAUUUUCUGAAACAAAAUACGCUUAAAGAUUUGUUAAGCUUACGAUUGUAAAAAUAAAUAACAUUUAUAUGUGAACUAUGGAUAUGUUUGGAAGUUUAAAUUUUGUUUUUGGGAAAAGACCAUUUGAAGAUAGUGGGGAAUGUUCGGAUGAAAUUGUUUUUACUUUUGAUAACGGUAAGAAACUAUAUGUAUCACAAAACUUCUUGUGCUAUGCGUCACCGGUAUUUAAAGAGAGGUUUCAAAAGAGAUAUGGAGAUACAGAAAACAAAGACAUUGAAAUGAAAGAAAACUCGAGUGAUUUUCUAGAGCUACUGUUGUCGUUACAUCCGGGAGUACAGAAACCUAUUGAUAAGAGUAACGUUUUGGGCGUAGUAUCUGUUGCGGAAGAAUACAAAAUUGAAUCAGUAAUCAACAGAUGUAAAGACGUGAUGAAUGAAUGGCUGACUUCAGAGGUUCGUACCGCUGGUACUGAAACCAUAAGUAAUGUGGAUAAGGCAAAUCAUGCUAAAACUUGUCUAACUAUAAUGAUAAAGGCAAUAUCUCUUGGCUACAAGGAAGUAGUUUCACGUGCAAUUGAGGUUCUCGCUGAAUUUGGACAUGAUGUGUAUACUGGUUCUCUGAUAAAACCUGCAGUGCAAAAACCUUUGAACACAUUUGGAACAUCUAAAGCUAAUAAAAAACUAUCUUCCAAAAAACCCGCAGCUGUAAACGUUGGCAUUCCUAAGACACAAGUUGAUUAUUCAUUCUUUACCUUUACUCCAAAGAAUUUAAUAUCAGAGGGACCUGUUAACGAAUGCAAGAGAAUGUUCGACAGUCUCUCGGAACAGAUGAAAGCUCGACUUCAUUUGCAAAGACUCAAGUUAUGUGAUGACGGCAACAUGAUAUGAGAAUGCAUAUCAAAAGAAUUAAGCAAGUUUAUCAUAUUUGUUCAACCGUUUUUAUUAAUAUAAAAAAAUUAUAUGUAUAAUGUCUAAUUAUUAACUGACUAAUUUAAAGAUAUACUUUGCUCAAAUUUUAUAUUUUUAAGUAUUGAUAAUUGCUACACAGUCUCUUUACAUGUUUUGACGACACACAAAGUAGAUAUCUUGUGUUUUAAACCCUACACACUAUAGGUGGACACAAUCAGAAAAUAUAGUGUCAUUAAAAAAACUGGCAGUUCUUUUAGAGAGGACCAACUAAACAUAUUUAGAAAGAAUAACAUAGAUUUCAAUCAAUUUCUGUGAUAAAAACAUUUAACACUUACAUGAGCAUAGUAUAUCUUUAAAAGUUAAUGAAUUAUUAAUUAGUUCAUUCAUCACAGAGGUCACUCAGCACAGAUGAUAAAAAUUCAGCACAGAAGAUAAUCAGCAUAGAUAUUAAUUCAGCAUAGAUUUAUUAUUCUGCACGUUUGUAACGUUGCUUUUCAUUGGAUAAUCGUGAUGGUUAUAUUAUGUAUAUACGCUACUUCAGUCAAUUUAUAAAUUCAUUUUCGCUUUUCCCGAAAUUAAAUGAUACUGAUGUAUUGUAAAAUAACAAUUCGUUACAAAGACAAAGCCUAGUGGCUUUGGUAACGUCAAUCUAAAACCGUGUUUAAUGAUCCAUAUAACCUGUGGCUAGUGUUACAUCGGCCUACAACCGUUAAUAAUGAUACAUAUAAAAAAAUUGACCCGUGAUAAGUUAAUUUACAGCCGUUAAUAAUGAUGCCUCUAACCUGUGAUUCGGGGAAAAUCAACCUACAAGCGUUUAAUUGAACCAUAUAACUUGUGGCUCGAGUUACAUAACCUACAACUGUUUUUAAUGAUCCAUAUAACCUGUGGUUUGGGUUUAAUCAGCUACAACCUUUUUUAAUCCAUAGAAGUAAUGGAUUGUGUUACAGCAACCUACAACCGUAAAUAAAAAGUCAUUAAAUCGAACAAGGAACUUUCAAGUUCGUUGUAAAUAUGUUUCGGCAUAAAAGUUAUAGCAUGUUAAGUCUCAUUUCAUUUUAAAGACACUUAAUACCUAUGUUACUAUAUAUAGUAACAAAAUAUAAGGUGUUCCAGGCCAUUAUGGCAAGAUCUAGGUCAUUGUGCAAUUUUGGCCGCCUUGCUACUCGGCAUUAUUUUUCAAUAAUUGGCGAGUGAAUAAGCGCACGUGCAGAAUGACGUUAUCAACUCUCAGUGACUUUCAAGAUGAAUAAACUGUAGUCACUUGCACACAAUUUUUUUAAAGUUUAAAUGACAUAAUUAAUCACAAUCAGCAAAGCUUAUCAUUGAAAAUUUAUAAACUCAAGACAAAACAUGAUCCUCAGAAAUUCCAAAAAUGAUUUUAGAAUUUUUGUCUGUACGAAAGGUCGGAUUAGUCGCAUUUAGACCUUGACAGUCUCAGAAACCGUUCCUAAAGGCACACAACUUCAUGAAAAAGACUGGCACUAGAUCUAAAUGUAAUUCUCACAAAAAAUGUGAAGAGAAGAAUUCUGUAUUUAUCGAUAAAAAACAACAAUAAAACACCAUUUUUCUCAGACAUGUAUUUAUUGUGUGUUGUCCUGUUUUCUAUGAUAAUUGGAAUGUUAAUGACAGAUAUUUGUUUACACUGACAACUGUCCGUUUCUUAGAAGGGGCGACAACCAAGAUUAGCGGCGAUGUCUAAACGCCGUAUUUCGGCCCUCAGGCUAUUUUGCACAUCUUCGGGCCAUUAAUGCAUAAUAAAGUAUUAACCUCUAAAUAUUGUCUCAGAAACGAAUAAAUAUUUCCUUCUUUAGAAAUUAAAAUAACAAACACGACUUCUACAACGUUAUAAUAAUAAUUUAAGAACAUACUACAACCUUAUUAUCAUGUGAACUAAUUUCUUAUAAAAGUCGUAAAAGGAAAAUAUAGAAGAAUGUUGAUUCCAUAUAAAAUGCUAAAUCAUUGUUAGUCUUCUAAUUGCCAAAAGCAGCACAUGAGCAAAAAUGGUUCAGGUAAUUGACCAAUGAGUAUUUUCUUUUCUUUUGGAACUAUAACAGGACACCAAAAAUUCAAAAUUAUAAAAAUGUUCAGAAAUAAAAGCAUUUGUAGGGCAUAAUGGGCAUUUAAGGUAAAUAAUGUCACACAUUUAUUCGCAAGUGUAUUUAAGCAUUGUUAGUUACAAUUCUUGCAUAACUUUAUAGACAAGCAAGCAGAUGGUGAAUAACUAAACAAUGACAUAUAAAGAGCAAUUACUGUAGUAAAUCUUAACAAUCUUACCAAGGAACAUUCAAACUGUAAACAAAAAACGAAAAAAGUAUUUUAAACUAUCUAUGUCGAUAGUACUGCAGAAAAAGUUCAUUUGAUAUAAUGAUUUGAAUAGACAAGACGUAUUUUAGAUUUAUGUUACUAUUGUUUAAUCUUAAACCAUUAGAAUUAAAAUAAUAGCAAUACAUUAAGUGUAAGCUUAAAAAUAAUUGUCUAGAAAGAGAUUGUUACACCUAGAUUGUCUAACUUCUAAGAUAGUAGUGACUGAAUAAAUCAAAAUAUGAACAUUAAGGUAGUCUUACUGCAAUGUUUUCCCUCCAAAAGAAUUCCGAUAUCGGCCAAUAUUGUAAACAAGAGCAACAAGAUGGCCCUAGAUCGCUCACCUGACCCAUUGAUCUCAUCUGAGCAAUUACCUAGACAAGCAUCCUGACCAAGUUUCAUGACAGUUGAGUCACAAAUGUGACCUCUAGAGUAAAACAAGGGUUUUCCAUAUUUGAGCAGUGUGACCUUGUUUUUAACCCCAGGUGUCCCAUAUUCGAAAUCAAAACAAACUGUCAGACCAAUUUCCAGAAUUUUUUCAUUAAAAUAGUUGUCACUAGAGUGCGGACAAGAUUUUUCUAUUUUAUCUUGUGUGACCUAGUUUUUCAUUCGAGAUGACCCAUGUUCAAACUCAUCCGACCAAUUAUCUAGACAUGCAUGCUGACAAAGUCUGAUGACAAUUGAGUUAAAAAUGUGGCAACUAGAGUGUUUACAAUGUUUUCCAUAUUUGGGCGGUGUGACAUAGAUUUUGACCCCAGAUAAUCCAUAUUCGAUCUUUACCUAGAAAUCACCAAAACAAACUUUCAGAACAAUGUCCAGCAUAUUUGGAUCAAAACAAUAGCCACUAGAGUAUUAACAAGAAUUUUCUAUUUUUUAGCUGUUGUGAUCUAGAUUUAAAUCCGAAAUAACCAAUGUUUGAAUACAUCUAAGCAAUUACCUAGACAAGCAUCCUGACCAAGUUAGAUGAUGAUUGAGUCAAACAUGUGAGUACCAGAAUGUUCACAAUGUUUUUCCAUAUUUGGGCGGUGUGACCUAGUUUUGAUCCCAGGUGACCAUAUUUGUACUUGAUCUAGAAGUCAUCAAAACAAACUUUCAUACAAAUUACAAGGAUAUUUUGAUCACAACAGUAGCCACUAGAGUGUAAACAAGAUUUAUUUCUAAUUAAGAUCCUGUGACCUAAUUUUUCAUCCGAAAUGGCCAAUGUUCGAGGUCAUCCGAGCAAUUACCUAGACAUUCAUACUGACAAAGUUUGAUGACGAUUGAGUAAAAAAUGUGACUACUAGAGUGUUAACAAGGUUUUUCCAUAUUUGGGCGGUGUGACCGAGUUGUUGAUCCAUAUUCGAACUCGACCUUAAAUCAUCAAAACAAACUUUCAGAAAAAAUUUAGCAUAUUUGGAUCAAAACAGAAACCACUAAAGUGUUAACAAUAUUAUUCUAUUUUUAGCUCCUGUGACCUAGUUUUAAAUCCGAAAUAAACAAUGUUUGAAAAAUGUAAGCACUUACCUAGACACGCAUCCUGACAAAGUUUGAUGAUGAUUGAGGCAAAAAUGUGACCACUAGACUAUUAACAAACAGGUAUGGACGGACGACAGACGACGGACGACGUCUGACAGAUGACAGACAUUCAACGAUCCUACAAGCUGAGUUGAGCUAAAUAUUGAUCAUUUCCAGAACGUCAUUUUCACAAUCUUGAUGGCCAAACAUCCCUGGUAUUUUUAGUGCAUUUAAAAAUAUUUUGCAAAGAAAUGCAAUAUCAAGUGUUAUAUGUCAUUAGUAUGUGUUUUAAACAAACAAAACAAUCUUUGAAGAGUUAUACAUGUACUUAUAUUUUGCAUAAGAAAUCGGCCGAUGUUAGAAUCAUUUUGGCGGGAAAGCAUUACAG